CAGUGUAGGAGCAUGACGUUGAAGAGGAGACGCCAUUAGACGGCGAGAGAGUUAGUGGACAAUACUGUUAGCCAGCUGUUCAAGUCGUACUAUUAACGUUGUCCAGAGGGAUUACUUUCCCCAAUUGUAUAUUCAUUAAUCAAUUGUAUUAGUUGUGUUAACUUAUGUGACCUGCAUGAUUCGGUUCUAAGUGGGCUACGUCUGUUCUUAAGGAAGGAUUUCGCGAUGGCGGCCAGUGGAGCGGGCGGCAGUAGCAAAACCUAUUCUUUCAAGGUGGUUUUGUUGGGCGAGGGUUGUGUUGGGAAAACGUCACUUGUCCUGCGAUAUUGCGAAAACAAAUUCAACGACAAACACAUCACCACACUGCAGGCAUCCUUCCUUACAAAGAAGUUAAACAUUGCAGGCAAAAGAGUGAACCUGGCAAUAUGGGACACGGCAGGCCAGGAGAGAUUCCACGCACUCGGCCCCAUCUACUACAGAGACUCGAACGGAGCCAUUUUAGUGUACGACGUCACCGACGAGGACUCCUUCCAGAAGGUGAAGAACUGGGUGAAAGAAUUGCGAAAAAUGUUGGGAAAUGAGAUCUGUUUAUGUAUAGUAGGUAACAAAAUAGACCUGGAGAAGGAUAGAAAUGUUUCGGUGCAAGAAGCAGAACAGUAUGCAGAGUCCGUUGGGGCCAAACACUACCACACUUCAGCCAAAUUAAACAAAGGCAUCGAAGAGCUAUUUCUGGACCUUUGUAAAAGAAUGAUGGAGACUGCGCAGGUGGACGAGAGGGCGAAGGGAAACGGGGCGAGCCAAGCGGGGAUGUCGAGACGGGGGGUGCAGAUCGUAGACGACGAGCCCCAGGCUGCCACGGUUGCGGGGGGGUGCUGCUCUUCUGCCUAGGACCCCCCCCCCACCCCCGUCAGGACUGUGGAAUCUUGAGACUGCCAUUACCCCCCCCCCCCCCCCCCACCCCCCAAUUAUCACAUCCCACUCCAUGGAAUAAUGCACUCAACGGCAUUCCUGAGUUAAACCCAUUUGCAACACGGAAGAGACUUCUGAGACGAGUGCGGAACGCGAGGACUGAGGCGACUGGCGGAAAGAACAGCGGUUCGGUAUUGCUCGGCUAAACGUAGUGAGCGAGUGCCUACCACCUCAUAAAAAAAACCCCACUUGUUUUUUUUUAAUUUUAUUCUUGACUUGGGUAAUGCACAUGUUGUACUGAAUUCUAGAAAAGGCCUGAUUUUUGUUUUACUUAAAAAAAAGAAAAAAAAAAAAAGAAAAAAACAAAUCUUUAUUAUUUAAUAACUUAUGUAUAUGUUCUGUGGAAAUGAGCAGUCCUUUGUAUCCUGGGGAAAUUGUGAAAGCUCUUCAAGCUCCAGCUUCUGUUUUAAAUUUGGCAGAUAUAAUAUUUUUGCAGGUUUUUUUUUAUUUUAUUGUUUUUUUUUUUUUUUGCACUGGCCCAUUAAUACAAAUGAUGCUUUUGGCCUACUGUACUUUACCCUGUUUGCCAAGUCGGUAUAUAAAUCAAAACCACAGCAAAAAACAAAAUGCAAAAAAAACAAACAAAAAAAGAAAACAUUGUACAGUACUUACUGGAUAUUUUAUCAGCUUUGGGGAAUAUACGCAGGUGUAGAGAAGUGUACAUUAGUCUUGUUGAUGAUUGUAAAAUGAAAAUAACAGUUCUCGGUGAAAGCACACUUUUUGGAAUUGUAAUUUUUUUUAAACUGCUAGUACCAUACGUGUUUUGUAAUUGAACAAUUAUAAUUAUUUACUAUG